GGGGAUGGGUUGUGGCGCCAGCAGGAAGGUGGUCUCGGAGCCGCCCGGGCUGGCCCGGGUCAAGCUGGGCGGUCAAAGCCAAGGUAGCGUGGGAGGCGCACCGCCUGGCCCCGAGGCGGUGGCCCUGGCGGCUCAGAGGAUGCAGGUGGCUCACUUCAGGGCCAAGUUCGACUCCCGAGUCCUCGCCAGAUACGACAUUAAAGCUCUCAUUGGGACAGGGAGUUUCAGCAAGGUUGUCAGGGUGGAGCAGAAGACCACCAAGAAACCUUUUGCCAUAAAAGUGAUGGAAACCCAGGGGAGGGAAGGCCAGGAAGCAUGCGCGGCUGAGCUCAGCGUCUUGAGGCGAGUGAGCCAUCGCUACAUUGUCCGGCUCAUGGAGAUCUUUGAGACUCAGGAUCGAGUCUAUAUGGUGAUGGAGCUGGCAACAGGAGGGGAACUCUUGGACCGACUCAUUGUUCAGGGAUCCUUUACGGAGCGGGAUGCGGUCAGAAUCCUCCAGAUGGUUGUUGACGGUAUUAGGUAUUUGCACGCUUUGAGAAUAACUCACAGGGACUUAAAGCCUGAAAAUCUCUUAUACUAUCACCCUGGUGCUGAGUCGAAAAUUUUAAUCACAGAUUUUGGUUUGGCACACUCUGGGAACAAAAGUGGUGACUGGUCGAUGAGGACCCUCUGUGGGACUCCAGAGUACAUAGCCCCUGAGGUUCUGUUAAGAAAAGCCUAUACCAGUACUGUUGACAUGUGGGCUGUAGGUGUGAUCACAUACGUUUUACUUAGCGGAUCCCUGCCUUUUGAUGAUGAAAGCCACACAAGGCUUUGCAGGAAGAUUCUGAAAGGCAAAUAUAAUUACACAGGAGAGCCUUGGCCAAGUAUUUCCCACUUAGCGAAGGACUUCAUAGACAAACUACUGAUUUUGGAGGCUAGUCAUCGGAUGUCAGCUGGCCAGGCCCUGGACCAUCCCUGGGUCAUCAGCAUGGCCGCAGGGGCUUCCAUGAAGAACCUCCAGAGAGCCAUUUCCCGGAACCUCAGGUGGAGAGCAUCACCCUCCUCUCAGAGUCCCAGGUCUGCAGAGUCUUCCAAAUCAUGUUAUUCUUACAAAGUGAAGCACAUGUGGAGCCAGAGAGAGCUAGGAAUAGCAGGAUCUCCACUCUCUGCACUUUUGUGAGCAGGUGACCUCCAAAAUGUUUUUGUUCAAUUUGA